AUGUCCAUUAAUACCACGUUGAAUAGCAAUCUGGAGAUUUCUCCAAGAAGUGGAAGAUCAAAGUCUGCUGAAGGCCUAGGAGUUCAUUCAACUAUAGCAAAGUCUAGAGCAGCGAAUUCCUUAUUCUCUCCUCCUUAUGGUUACAGGAAUCUGUCCAACCUCUAUUGGUCAUCUGGAAAGGGUCAUCCCUUGCUUCUUCGAUCCUCGGCCAUAUGUCCUCUGAAAGCUCUCCCUUGUUUGGUUUUGGUUGGGAAAGGCCGGGCGGAGCUGUGGAUGCUGAGUCCUUUCCUUGGAGAAUAG